AUGUUGUCUCCAACGGCACGGUUUCCCGGUUUUUCGACGCGAACUUCGUGGCGGAGGUGCUCGUUUCUGCUGCGAAUCACAUUGAUUUUCCAUGUCUACCUCGUUGACAACAUGGACCAGGCAUCAAGCCACUCGCUUUCGUUGGUACUAGCGAAGCCGACGACUUCGAAAAGCAAGAAAAAUCCUAAUUCUGAUCCUGAAGGCAUACUCUAUUCCGAAUGGCCGCGCAUGGAUGAAAGAACUGCCCAGUACACGCCGUUUCCGAACCCUUUGUUGCAUCCCGAGCGUUGUGGUGCGAUCAAAAAAGGCUACCGCGUUUGUGAUCCUGAUGGCGUCCUCGAUAAGAGCGAGCUGGCGCAGGUGCAACACGCGAUAAUGGUUGCCAGUUCUCCUCCUACAAGGCGCGAGGAGGAGACGGAAGAAGAAGGUAGCAGUGCCGCAGGGGAGCCAGCCUCGGAUACAACUAAGUGUAACGAUACGAUUCCUAAAGAUGAAGAUGAAAAGGCAAGAAAAAUGUAGAAAGUGUCUUUAUAUCAUUGGCGCGUCCGCAUUUUGAUUUGUCACAUUGCUCUAUAAGUAGAUAUAGGACUGCGACUGUCAGAAAAACAAAAAUACAGAUAAUCUAAAGAUAUUUUUUAAUGUUUUCAUCUUGCUAGGUCACAACGUGGAAGUAGGUAUCGCUAUACGAGAGCGUGAGGAUCCAGAUCAUACCUCAGCAGAGACUUGUAGGGCAAUAAUGGACACUUGGGGAGUGGGACAGCAUCAGUGCCAGAAUGGCGUUGUCAUUUAUCUAUCCACAAAAUCAAGGUACAUAUGCAAAGACAACUUGUAUUUAUGUUUUUUAUCUCUAUAUUCGACUACCCGAUGUCUAUGUCUAGGCAAUUUAGCAGUUGAUUUUCUUUGUACUUGGUUUGUAAUGUUGACGUGGGUUUACUUGAUAUUGCGUCUUCACGAUCUUACUUGUGGUACAAGACAAGUUGUUCUCGGUGGAGACAGAGUUUGUAUUUCACUCCUAUACAGGCAAAUCCACAUUUGCACGGGUCGUGGUGCGAUGCAGGGUCCUCUGAGUGAUGUGAAGACCUUGCGUAUCAUCGACUUCAUCAAGCCGUUGCUGCGUGAACAUGAAUAUCCGAAGGCGAUGGAGGCAGCUUGUGGCCGUAUUUAUCGCUAUGUUGAAGCCUGGGUACACAAAGAUGAUAGCAGCGAUGGUGAGGAGGACGGGGACUACAUUUUCUUGUUCGGGGUUGGAAUGUGGCUUCUGCUGCUGGCCUACAAGAGGUGGCAAACAAAAAAAAUGAGCAGUUCUUACGAUUUGUGCAAGCGGGAAUUGACGAAACUGCAGCAGCAGCAGGCGGAAGCGAAAGCCAAGCAGUACAAGACAUUACAAGGGAACUGCCCGAUUUGUUUGGAGGAUUUUAAACUACGCGCGGGAGUGCAACAAACUGCGGCUACCGCGACCCAACCAGACGACACGAACGACGGCCAGGUGUCUGGGGAACCCGCUGUUCUUUCACCUGCAAGCGCGAACGCUAUAACUGCAACGCAAAAAAGUGGGUCAUCUGCUUUGGAGGAGCCACUACUCCGGGAGCUCGAUGACGUCACCGGCGAAGAUGCGAAGAGCGUUGGGUCAACUACUGCCACGAGCGCUAGCACCGUCCGAUUACGGAAAGCAAGCUCAAGCGAUGACACACGACGCGUCAUUUCAAUCGAUAGUGCAGAUGGCACAAAACUCUCGAACUACGACAGCGAUGACGAGGAAGCUGAAGAAACUGUUGGAAGUAGCGACACCGGUGCGCGAGGACUUUCCCCAAUUUCUACGCAAGACAAAGCUGCAGCAGGAGAAGCUGAAAAUUCUGACGUCAUCUGUCGACCACCGCCGUCUACGUCGUCGACCGCACUGGAUAUUCCUCUGACGGAAAAAUAUGAGGGGAUCAAGCUACUUUCGUGCGGGCACGCUUUUCACAUAGAAUGCGUUGAGAAUUGGGAAAAAGGGUCGUCAUUAUGCCCCGUUUGUCGUCAGCCGCAGGCACAAACACUAGACGAGCAAGGACAAUCACUAGUUUCUCAUGGAGCAACGUCAUCGUCGUCUGGUGGAAUCAGUAUCGGGACAACAACGGACUUGUUGCAAACGGACUACUCGUUCAGGUACAAGCUUCUGCGUAACAGCACUCUGCUUGAAGAUUGAUACUCUUGUGAUUCAUCAUGUUGUGGUCGUAACAUAAGUACUCGUCCUCUAGGUGAAGUUGUUGUAUGAAAAACAAUGUUCAGAGUUGUGAAACGAGGGGAGUAAAUGGUUAAUAUGGUAGUACCCCUAAAAACAAAAUUGACAAAAAAUCUCUACAGGAUGCGGCGGCUGCAACAUCUUUAUCCGGACUACGUAACGAGUUCCUUAGUGAACCGGUGGACUGAACCGAGCUACGCAGAUAACCCCAUGACAGAUGUAGACUUUGUCCGUUCACAUCCAGUCACCGGUGCUCGGGGAACAACGGGAAGCGGGACCGGGACAGACUGGAGUUCGUUCGGCAGCGGUGGCAGCUCGUUCGGUGGCGGAUCUUCUUUCGGCGGUGGUGGAAGCGGUAGUUCCUGGUAGUAGUUCUGGAACAACAUCAAAUGACCUUUCUCUGCUGGGUACGCAAAGAUGAUGAUCAUAUUCGCACGUGGACGCGGAAUUAAGAGUGAUGAGUUGUCCAAAAACUCUGUUCGAUCCCGAUUUCCAAAUCUGAAGAGUCACAGUCAACCGAGACUUCGCUCAUCAACACCUCUUUCGUGAUACCCGACCCCGUUGCGCCCUGCCCAUACACACCGCAACCCGCAUUCAAAAACAACAAUCACAUUUUCACUGACGUUUUGUGUAAGUAACCAAAAAUACAGAUCAUUUUCAGUGUUGAGUAUGGGCAACAAGG